AUGGAAUUGAAAACAGAUUUAAAAAUUGAUGAAAGUACUGGCUUAAUUAAAGACAAUUGUGAUCUGGAAGAUGGAGAAAUUUCAACUUAUAAAACUGGAAGCACAACACUCAAGUACAACAGCGAAAACUUUGAUUUCUACACGUCAAUGGUAGUGUUGAAAACAGGUCAAGCUACAUCUGAGGAUUAUGGUACUUUAAUUAAUCCCUCACAAAAUACAUCAGAAAACAAAGGUGAAAGAGGUUUCAAAAGGAUAAUUUCUCAACUAAGAAGUUUGAGAUCCAAUAAUAAUAACCAAGCCGAACCUGUUGAAGAAAAUUUAGACGAUAAUAAACUUGAGCGCAAACAAGAAAACGUAUUUGCUUUAUUAGAAAUGAAUUCAGACAAAAGUGAUAACGAAGAGUCUGUGUCUCAGGCAUUUACAUCGCCUAGAGAGGAGAGUAACCGCUCAAAUAUGAAUGAUUUCACUGAUAUUCCAUAUUUAAAGCUCGCUUUUUCUAAGCUAGUAGAUCCGAAUAAAAGGUAUUCGAAAUUAUGGACAAAUAUUCUGAACAAAUUAAAAAAAAAUUCAAAUGAGCUCGACAGUAAAAAAGAAAAUGUAACUGUUUUAGGAUCCGGAUGGGCGAGUACUACUUUUAUUAAAAACCUUGAUCCUAAAUUAUAUCAUGUGACACUAAUAUCUCCCCGUCCUUGGUUUACUAUGACACCACUGUUAACAGCAGCGAUCAGUGGACGAAUAGGACUCCGUACUGUGAUCAGUCCAGUUAGCCGUUAUCUUUUUAAAUAUCCCAAGCGUGGAUUUGAAUUGAUCAAGGGUGAAGCAAUUGAUUACUUAGGAAACAAUACAAUAAAAAUAAAGACGAACUGCAACGAAGAAAAAAUUCAUAAAUACGAUAAACUAGUCAUUGGUGUUGGUUCUGUUACGAACACUUUUAACAUACCUGGAGUGGAAAAAAAAGUUAGUUUUCUAAAAACUAUUGACGACGUUAGAGAAAUCAGAGAAAAACUGUUUAAUAACUUUGCCAUAGCCAAAAACAACAACCUUAGCCCAAAAGAAAAAGAAAAGCUUCUCAGUAUCGCUAUUGUAGGUGGUGGAUUUGCUGGUGUAGAAACAGCGUUUGAACUACAAAAUCUAAUAGAAACAGACCUGAAAUUUAUGUAUCCAGAUGAAGCUAAGUUUGCGAAAAUAUCUAUUGUGGAAAUGUUGCCUAACAUGUUACCGAUUUGUGAAAAAUCAGUAAGUGAAUUUGCAAACAACACACUCGAUCAACAAAAAAUAAAGCGUUACAACAACUGCCGAGUGACAUUGGUUGACGCCGAUGCGAUCAAUGUUGUAGACAAAAACUCUACGAGUUUCAAGAUUCCGGCUUCACAAGUCAUUUGGGUUAGUGGAAUAAUGCAAACAUCUUUUGUAAAAAAACUUAUUGAUAAAAUUGAACAACAAAAGGAUAAUCGAUUCUUACUAGUAAAUCCAGACUUGUCAGUCAUUGGAACUAAAGAUAUGUACGCUUUUGGAGAUUGUUCUCGUCUAACCGUCAAGCCUUUAAGUUCAAUAAUUUAUAAAGAAUGUGUCAGAAAUGUUAGUUUACAAAAACAAUUAUGUUCAACUACACAAAAACUAUUUGAAGGACGUUUUAACUGA